UUAAUUCUUUUGCAUUCUUCGAAUCCUUGUUCUUCGAGAUCAUUGAGAGUUUCUAUGAUUCAAUCCUCUUCUUGGAAUCUUGAAAUCCAUGUCUUGAUCUUCGUUUUUGGGUUCUCCGAUCGGUGAUGGACUCCUGGAGGGAUUCGAGCUGAAGGACGAGGUUCAGAGGAUUUGGAUUUUGUUCUUGGGAUUUGCUUUGUUGGAGAAUGCCGGCGCCGGGAUUCUCGUCGUCGAAGUCGGAGAAGAAGGGGGUGGGGGUGAAACAGCAGAGGAGGGAUCCGUAUGAGGUCUUGAAUGUGCCGCGGAAUGCGUCGGAUCAGGAGAUCAAGACCGCUUAUCGGAAGCUGGCACUCAAGUACCAUCCUGACAAAAAUGCAAAUGAUCCUACAGCAGCGGACAUCUUUAAGGAGGUCACAUACUCAUACAAUAUUUUGUCAAACCCAGAAAAACGACAUCAGUAUGACACUGCUGGUUUCGAGGCUAUUGAGUCAGAGAGCCAAGAAUUGGAGCUGGAUCUUUCUAGCCUAAGUACAGUAAACACAAUGUUUGCUGCACUUUUUAGUAAACUGGGUGUGCCAAUUAAAACCACCGUAUCAGCAACUGUUUUAGAAGAGGCACUGAAUGGCUCUGUAACCAUUAGUCCACUUCAAUUGGGUCAACCUUUAUUUAGAAAGGUAGAAAAGCAAUGUGCUCAUUUCUAUGCUGUAGAAAUAGCGGAAAAAGAGGCUGAAAUGGGACUUGUCUGUCGAGUGCAUUCAACUGAGAAAAGCAAAUUCAAGUUGUUGUACUUUGAACAAGAAGGAAAUGGUGGCCUAAGCCUUGCCCUGCAGGAGGACAGUGUGAGAACAGGAAAAGUAACAUCUGCAGGGAUGUUCUUCCUCUGCUUCCCAGUUUUCCGAUUCGUGCCGUCCAAUACAAUAGCACUUAACAAAGAUCCAGAUGCUGCCUUUUUCAAGAAAUUGGAUGGAUUUCAGCCAUGCGAAAUAAAUGAGUUAAAAGCAGGCACCCACAUAUUUGCUGUAUAUGGAGACAACUUCUUUAAAAGUGUGAACUACACAAUAGAAGUCAUGUGUGCAGAACCUUUCUCAACAGAAACGGAAGAACUCCGAGACGUAGAGGCAAAAAUAUUAACCAAACGGGUAGAAUUGUCAAAGUUUGAGACUGAGUACAGAGAGGUGCUAACACAAUUCACUGACAUGACCAGUAGAUAUGCACAGGAGAUGCAAGCAAUAGAUGAGCUUUUGAAGGAAUGGAAUACAAUUCAUGCGUCAUACACUACGAUCUGCCCGUUAAAACGAAAUUCAAGUAAUAGAAAGACGAGAGCUUCUUCCAAGAGAUCGACAAAAGCCGAAGAACAUCAAACAAAAGAAAGAAAGCCGGGUAACAGAUCUAAAAAGAAGAAAUGGUUCAAUAUUCAUAUCAAGACGGAGAAGAAGCGGCAUUGUUGAAAACCCUUACCGAUCGUCAUAGUUUUGUGGUGAUUGAUCUCAUUUUUGCUAUUUCUAUUCAUUUUUAUUUUUUUGUUCUUUUGUAUUAUUUGUUCUUCUAUGUUCAUGUGUUUGUUUGUGGGAAAGAAUGUAUGUAGCAUCAUUUUGGGUGUUUGGUUUUUGGCUUUUUUUUUUAUAUUUGUAAGUUCCAAGUGGGAAAUGUUGUAGUUGCAUGUACAUUAUUUAUUUGAUUUUA